AUAUUCAUAUCGAAUUUUUCCGAAAUCAGUUUUUGUGGCCUGGAUUGAUUCUUUUGUAUAAAACGUAUUCAAUACAUAACUAUGUCAAGCUCCCAAAAUUUCUUUCCCUUGACAGACGUAAGGUUUCUGCUUAUCUAAGCCAAUGGCAAGCCGUGCAAAUCAUCCACCCAGAUGUGCCGAGGGAAAAAAUAAUUUUUUCAAGCAACCAAGCGAAUCUGACAGCUCUCCACCAAUCAGAGGCCAUCUCAGAAUAUUAUCAAUGCGCGCUGGUCGGUAACGCAUGCAUUCUAUUGGACAGUGGAUGUGGUGACGUCAUUGACAAGUUCGAAUUCGUCAUCCGAAUGAACCUCGCUCCUCCCGGAGGAGAAUUUAAGCGUGACGUUGGGUCGAAGGUCAAUUUAGUUUCCCUCAACUGGGAGCAAAUUGAGAGGCUUAUAUCUUGCACGAACUCCAGCUAUCCGCCUGAAUGGAAGUGCAAAAGCGAAGACCACGUCUGUCUGAAGGAGCGCAAAAGGAAAUUUCCGAAGCCCCGAGCCCCUACUCAUUGUGAUGACCUAUUGAGGAGAAUGAAGCGAUUAAAUGGUACUACCUUGUGGUAUUUCAAAUCUAUCGGCAGAAACUACGACGCUAUAAAGAGGAUGCUAGGGAUACUCAAACCGAAAUACAACAUAAACAUCGAUUUUGCUUAUAGCCCUAUCAGCCUUAUGACGCCUUCCAAAAAGGCAUGGAAAGUCGGAUUCCCGUCAUCCGGUCUUGCAAUCUACUCGGCUGCUACGCAAUUCUGCAAGCAGAUAACCAUGUUCGGAUUCUACCCUUUCUCUCAAGAUUGGAGAAACCGAACUCUACGGCAUCACUACUACGAAGAGGGCACGAUGAAUUACACUUCGAAUCAACACCACAUGCCAAACGAAUAUCGAAUCUUACUCGAGUUAAACCGAACCGGAGCAAUUAAUCUUGUCAACGAAUGUCGAUGAUUGCUAGGUUUUUAUUUCUUGUUCAAAUUACAAUUCUGAACGUUAAAAAGUAUUACUCUUAUCAAAUAGAAGUUUUCACAACAUAAAGUUGAAGGAUUGACAAAAUAUAUACCUGUAGUACGUGUCUAGUUUUAGUAGUAUAUAGUUGUUGGUUUAUUUCACUUUAGGGUUAUGGUUAGUUUUAGCGGUUGGUCUAGGGUAUAAGAUAAGAGUUGUAAAUUUAGUGUAGGAAAUUAACGUGGAGCAACCGUCGCAUGCAUGAUCAAGGAUCGCACAACCGAAAUUCCAGAACAUGUUUUAGGCACGAAUUCAUGAUUCGCAAUAACGACAGAUUUUGUGUAGUGGCGGAUUCAAUGGGAACAGGGGGCAGGUG